CCGCGGCCCGCCGCCGCGCCGCCGCUGCCGCGCUUCUUCCUGUCUGCCUCAAAUUUCUUGCCAUUACAUCCCGUAUUUUUUCCAAAUGGAUUUUUUUUCUAAGCCGUUUUUUUAUAUUUGUGUUUCUAGUUGUGGUUCACUGCGUGGCUAUGAGAGUUUUCGUGGAUUCAUGUCCGUUUAGGUUGUCUGUCGCCCUACGUCACGUCGAGCGCCCAAGCGUCACUCGUCACUUGAACUUGUUGCGUUGCGUGGCGUUUAGUUGUAGCGUCGAUCAACUGGUUCCGUCACACACUAUGAACUCCCUCUAUUUUAGAUACUAGGUCCAUCUGGAUUUGCGGAUCCACUUUGGUUCUGGGGUAUGCAACAGAUUAAACAUGCCGCCAGUGGUGAACACCUACGGAGUUCGUAAAAAGAAGAGCAGAGGUCUUCCAAAGUUUAUAUUGAGAGAAGCCCCUACCACAGAUCUGUUUGAAGCAUUAAGAAUUGAAAACAUAAAGGAACCUAAAGCAAUCGCCGAUGCCAAAAGAAGAGAGAGGAGGAAACUUAAAACUGUUCAGAAGCCUGCUGUUCCUAAACCUUUGUAUCCACUCUGCAAUCCAUCGAAUGCUGAUAGCGCUUUUGAUAAACUUUUGGAUAGCAGCUCUGAUUUCUUAUCCUCUGCCAUCAAUAGCUCGCCCAGAAAUGUUUCAAGCUCCCCCGAUGUAUUUUACCAAAAACAUGAAGCGAGAAGAGACACUGAACAUUCUCAAAUAAAGCCAUCAAAGUUAUCAUUGAAAGGUUUGAAUGGUGUUAAUAAGAAGAGGACUGUCAAGAAAAGAAUAACAAGAGAAGACAGCCUAUUUGCUUUAUCAUGGGAGACUAGUCUUGAGGCUGUCCCACUUGCCAAAAGACUAAGAGCAAACAGGCAAAUUGCGUUUGCUAAUAAGGAGAAUUACUUAAAUGAUAGUAGUUCUUCUGGUGAAGAUUCGUGUGCCUCAUUCCCAGUCAAACCACCAUUCAGUACUUGCACUACUUCUGUUUCACCAGAAGUUUCGACUUGUGAGGAGAAGCCUGUGUCUCCUUUGUCACCUAUUCUCCCCCUGCAUGGUUCUACCAGCACUCCAUGCGAGAAACUAAGGGUGGAGUUGUGGCCUUCUCCCAUACCCUAUAAUCAAUCGAGCUCUGUAGUAGAGCAUCAUGCAAAUGUAUUUAGUAACACAAAGAAACAGGAAGAAAGUAAGGACAUGUUCAGCUCGUUUGAGCAAAAUGUUGGGGACUCCAAAGUAUUCUUAAAUGACUGUGCUGAAAGCAAUAUGCUGCAGUCUUUUGAUUUUGACGGCAAGAAAUCUUUUAUCAAUGCAUCGGAAGCACCUGUUCACAUUGAGACUUGGGAAAAUCGGCAAUGCUCACUUUCAGCUGAUCUGUUUCAAUCUGAAACUACAAAUCCAUCAUUUUCACAUCCCAUUCAUGCUGAGGAAAGUUGUCUGAUUUUAGAGCCGGUUACUGAUGAAGUUGGUCAAGUUGACGAAUCUGAGUUCAUCUCUACUGACUUCUGUAGUCCUUUAAAGAAGAAAAAUGGAGUUCAUUCAUCUGAUGGUAAUGCUGCAUGUUUAAAUGGAGUUCAACUCAAUCCACUGAAGUCUUAUGAGAACUGUAGUUCCUCUGAUGAAAAGUUAUUGAGUCUACCUAGAAGCAAUGAAGAAAAGCCUCUUAAAGAUUGUUAUGUUGUUAUUGAUAGGUGUGACAGAAAUGAAUGUUUCCCAACAAAUUCAAACAAUACAAAUGAAAGUUGUGAUAAUUUUGAUGAUUUAAGUGUGAGACACGAGGGACACAAUUCCAAGUGCUUUACUGCUGUAAGCUCUGGUACACCCAUUGCCAUUAGAGAUAUGAGCCAUCUUCAGCUUGAGAAAGAUCUAAGCACUUGCGCAGGAUCUUUAAAAGAUUGUUAUAUUGUUUUGGAUAGAUGUGAUGCUAACAAUUGUUCUCCCACAAGUUCGAGGGGGAUUGAAGAGAGUUCUGUGAAUUUUGAGGACUCGUUUGUGACAAGUGAUGGAUGCAAUUUUGCCGCUGCUGAUUUUGAGACAAGCCCUGCUACAUCUGUAAAAAAUAUGAGCAAACCUCAGUGUAUGGAAAAUAUUAUCUCUUAUCUGGAUGAAUUGAAACUCUCUCCAAAACUUAUUGGAUGUAAUAACUCAGAUGUCAAUGGACAAUUAUCCAUUGAAGAAAAAUCAUCUCUUCUUAAUAUUAAUUCAAUUUUGUCAGAUGGUGAAAGUAGUCCUAAAGAUGUUACGCAAACAAGUUCAAAGAUGAUUAAAUCCCCAAGAAAUGUAAGUGGCAUCAUUUUGGAUUAUGAUUGCCAGACUGAUGCACAAAGAGAGAGUACAUCAAAUUGUAGCAGGACUGAUGCUCCUGUUGAACAAUGUGUACCUGUAGAUGAUAUAGCACUGAAAAAGAAGAUGGCCGUGAAAACUUGUGAUAACUUUGAUAGUGAGGUUCUUCUACCGAGGUGUGAUUUACCAGACCAACCACCCGAAAAUUCAUUUUCCAAACUGAGUAUUUCAAGGCCUUCAAACUGUAGAUUAAGCAUUAACCCUGAAACAAUUGUCUUAAAGCCGGGAAAGCAGUGGCGUAGAUCACUGUCCAUUCUUUCUAAAAUCAGGACAAGUGCUGGGGAGCUGUCUGGAUGUAAUAGAGAAUCCCUUUCUUCAGAGGACACAAAAUUAAAAGGAAAACUCUGGGAGUCAGCUGUUCAUUCAGUAGUCCAGUUGCAGCCGGUCAAUGAUGUCAUUUUUGAAGAUAUUGAAACAAGUAUUAUUUCUAUCAGAAGUAGCUUGGGUAGGCUUAGUACAUCUGCUGGAGUCUGUGAAAACCUGACAGAUUCAGUCACCUCUGUCUCAUCAAAGAGUGGUGUUAAUUUGAUGUCAGGUGCUGCUGAGAUAUUUAAGAGAUGUGGUCAAGAUGGACCAGUAUCCUUCCAAGACUGCUAUCUCCCAAGCAUGAAGAAAAAUACAAAGAAAAUUGGAGAAGGUGUCUAUGGUGAAGUUUUCUUUUACUCUGGUAGUUCUCACCGUCUCCCCUCUGUUAUCAAAGUAAUUCCAAUCGAAGGUUCUGUUGAUGUCAAUGGGGAACCUCAAAAGAAGUUUCAUGAAAUUCUCUCCGAGGUCUGCAUUGCUCAGGAACUCAGUAACCUUCGAAGAGGCUCAGGAAAUGUUACUUCUUCCUUUAAUGAGGUGCAAGCAAUCCGCUGUGUGCAGGGCUGCUAUCCUCAAUGGCUUCAAGAUUUGUGGCAUGAGUAUGAUGAGACUAAAGGGUCAGAAAAUGAUUCUCCUGAAAUGUUUCAAGAAGAUCAGUUAUAUAUAGUUCUAGAACUUCAAAAUGGAGGCAAAGAUUUGGAGAGCUUUAUUUUUAGCUCAGCUGAUCAAGGAUUGGCUGCAUUUAAACAGAUUGCUGUGUCAUUGGCAGUGGCCGAAAAGGCAUUGAAUUUUGAACAUAGGGAUCUUCAUUGGGGCAAUGUACUAAUUUCUUGUACUAAGGAGAAGACACUUCAUUAUGUUUUGAAUGGGGAGUCCAUUAGCAUUCCAUCCAAAGGCAUUGAGGUAUCAAUUAUUGACUUUACAUUGAGUAGAAUCAACGAUCCGUGCUCAGGUAGACCUGUAUAUUUUGACUUAGCUGGUGAUGAUACAUUGUUCACUGCACAAGGAGAUUAUCAGUUUGACAUUUAUCGAUUAAUGAAGGAGUAUUGUGGGAACAAGUGGGAAACCUUCACCCCUAAAACAAAUGUUGCAUGGCUUCAUUAUCUAUUGGACAAGUUGUGUACAAUGGCUCGCUACAAGAAUAGGUCAACUAAGCUUCAUAACAAAGCACUGAAUAUAUUACUAGAAAUGAAAGAUACUGUAUUGAUGUUUGAAAAUGUUUCUACAUUUGUGAAUUGUCCAUUAUUUUCUAAAUAACAUACUAGUUUCUCUUUUUAUGUACCUUGAUUUUAUAUUUUUGAUUUGAUCAACCUUGUAUUCUGUUAUUUGUAUGUUCUAAACAGCUUGUUGCUUUCAACUAGUCAACAGAAGCACCAGGACUGUUCAAAUAAAAACAACAACUUA